ACCCAUCAAUACAUGGCUGAAGACGCUGUAGGAAAACAGACAAGUCUGCGAUGUGUUGCUUCAACAGGCGACACAUAUCGCUGCACCGUCGACGAGGCGCAUCCCGGCUGGGCUGAUCAAGUUCACGGCCUUGCGACACGCGCCGACAAGAACGAGAGCAAUUGCUUUCGUCACGCUCUUCUGUCGUCGGAUGGCACCGCUGUAGUCACGUAUAACGAGGAUCUCAUCCUGAGGACUUUUGCAUUAUCGCCCUACUGUUCCGCCCCAUCGCCGUCAAAACUCACCUCGCUCACCCUCCACCCUGCCUUCGAUGUUACCAACCCUGCAACCACUCUGCUCGCAAUCUCUCAACCAGACUUACCCAUACGUCUGACCAACGCUCUCGAUCUCGCAUACGUCCACGCAUCCUACACAUGGCAAAACUCCCUCACCGAAGCAUACAUCUCCCCUUCGUCCCUCCUCUUUGUCGACAACAACCGCUUUGUCGCUGGCGCAAAAGAUACUCUCGCAGUCUUCGACAUCCAUAAUCAAGAUGGUCCUGUGUACGAAUGUCCGACGAGAAAAGGCCGCAAGGCAAGGAAGCUCUAUGGAGCCGAUACUGCUGGCAUUGGAGGUAUUGUGUCUUGUUUGGCCUUGUCCACCGACAACAUACUAGCUGCUGGCACAUACAAUCGCCAAGUAGGCCUCUUUGAGAAUGCCGGUCAAGGAGAGUCCAUGGCCGCCUUCGACUUGAGUUAUAAUGACGCCGACGAUAAGUUGCUCAAAGGCAAUGGUGUCAGCCAACUUGCUUGGAGUUCGUGUGGGAACUACCUCUUCGUCGCCGAGCGUCAGAGUGACGCUCUGCUUGUUUAUGAUAUCAGACACACCGGACAGCGUCUGAGCUAUCUCUCUGGCCGCCAAGCUCUUACUACGCUCAAGCUUUCAUUCGACUUUGCAACCGAUGUAGAUGGCAAAACCAAUAUCUGGGCCGGUGGUACAGAUGGCAAGGUCAGAGUCUGGCGAGACGUCACAACUAGAGAAGGUCGCAUAGAACCAGGUCUCGCACUUCACGCAAGCCAUGGUAAGCAUAUCUUUCGCUGA